AUGGCCAAGAAGAGAAAGGCUUCCAGUAAUACUACUGAGCCCAAAGGCCCGCGCGAGUACGACCCAAAAGAUGCGCGCCUCGGCCCCGUCACGACCUAUGAGGAUGUCGCCGACGACCAGGAGAAGUACUGGAUGGAGCAGGAUGCCAUCAUGUUCAACGACGGACCAAAGUCCAAGAAGCAGCGGCGCGCCGAGGAGGAAGAGGAGUUUCUUGAAGAUUCCGAAGAAGAGGUUUUGGCCUACGACCAAGAUUCCGACGACGACGACGACGACGACGACGAGCUAGAAGAGCUCGCCCGCAACGCAAAGAAGUUUUCCAAAAAGGCCAAGGCUGCAGACUCAGAGUCUGACGGGGGCGACCGAGAAGAGGAAGACCCGGGCUGGUGGGGUUCGUCCAAGAAGGAAUACUACGAUGCCGACCAAAUACAAACCGAGGCCGAUGCGCUCGAGGAGGAGCAGGAGGCGCGGCGUCUGCAAAAGAAGCGACUGGCUAAGAUGACAGAUGAAGACUUCAUCUUCAAUGAGGACGAGUGGCUCGCAGAGAAACCAGAGGAGAAGGAGGACGCGGAAGUGGUCACCGAAGUGCUCAAGGAUGUCGAGAUUCCAGAAGACAUGUCGGCCGAGGAAAGGUUACGUAUCCUGCAAUCUCGAUACCCAGAGCUGGAAUAUUUGGCAGAAGAGCUUCUCGAGCUGCAGCCCUUACUGGUUACACUGCAAAAGGAGGCUGAUGGCCAGACGAGGAAAUCCGUCGCCACUGUCAAAUAUCGUGUUCUCGGCUGUUAUGUCGCCACGUUGGCCAUGUACUUUGCGACUCUGACCUCCCCAGCUCGCGAUUCCAACGGCAGUGUCAAGGCCCUCGAUCCAGCCGAGCUGCGAGACCACGAAGUCAUGGGCACUCUGCUUCAAUGUCGUGAGGCGUGGCAGCGUGUAAAGGAUUUGAAGGCUCCCAAGCCUGCCGAGAUAACAGCAGCCGCCCGGCAACCGGCGGACGAGGACUCGUCAUCUGUGGAUGACAUCACCCUCGCAUCGCCAAAGGCUUCCAACGACGUUACCCACACGAAUAAGGAAAAGAGAAAAGCCAAGCAAGCGCAGCGCAAAGCCCAGGAGAUUGAGGACUCCCUUGCAGAUCUGUCGACACUGGUGUCGAAGGCAAAGAAAUCGAAGAAGACAAAGACAGAGGCCAUUCCCGACGACAAUUCAGACUUUGGUGAAGAGGAAACUAUGGAUUCCAAGGCAGCGGCAGAAAAGGCCGCCCGCAAGAAGAGUCUGCGCUUCUACACCUCCCAGAUUGUCCAAAAGGCCAACAAGAGAGCUGGUGCUGGAAGGGACGCGGGUGGUGAUAUGGAUAUUCCCUACCGAGAACGACUCAGGGAUCGCCAAGCCCGUCUCAAUGCUGCCGCGGAGAAACGUGGCCAGAAGGAUUCGAAGCACGGCGCUGACCUGGGCGAUGACAGCGAUGAUGAAAAUCAGAAAGCUGCUGCAAUCAGGGACGACGAAGAUGAAUAUUAUGACAUGAUCGCCGCAAGAAGCAACAAGAAGAAGUCCGAGAAGACCGCAAGAGCAGAAGCAUUGGCCGAAGCAUCAAAGGCGGACAGGGUUGUAGAGCAAGAGGUCAUUGGAGAAGAUGGCAAGAGAAAGAUCACGUAUGCCAUCGAAAAGAACAAGGGACUUGCACCCAAGCGGAAGAAGGAGGUCAGGAAUUCGCGUGUCAAGAAGCGUAUGAAGUAUGCAGAGAAGCAGAAGAAGCUCAAAUCGAUGAAGUCGACGUACUCGGGAGGAGAGGGUCGCGGCGGUUACAAGGGCGAACAGACAGGUAUCAAGCCAGGCUUGAUCAAGAGUGUCAAGCUAUCAAAAUAG